AUUAACCGAGAAUGGAAUUCACCAAGCUCGCUUUCCUAGGCAUGUGCUCCAUCGCCUUGAUCUCAAUUCAUAUUUCUCCGGCCAAUGCCGAUCCAUUGGCUGAAGAGUACGUCAAAGCACACAACAAAUACCGUGCAGUGGAAAAUGUUCCUCCACUUUCAUGGGACGAAACAGUCGCAAAUUAUGCUAAAAAAUAUGCCAAGUCAAAAGCUGAGACUUGUGAAAUGGUGCAUUCAGAUGGACCAUAUGGUGAAUGCUUAGCCAUGGCUUCUUACAACAUGAAACCUGCUGAGGCGGUGAAGCUGUGGGCAGAUGAGAAGAAAUACUAUGACCAUGCCUCCAAUACAUGUGCUGAAGGCCAGGUAUGCGGACACUAUACUCAGGUGGUCUGGGAAAAAUCAACCCAUGUUGGGUGUGCCAAGGUUCAUUGCAAGAAUGGAGGUACUUUUAUCACAUGCAACUAUGAUCCCCCCGGAAACUAUAUUGGCGAGAAACCUUUCUAGGUGUUCACUUACGAUAGAGAUCCAAAUCUUGAGGAGUCCGGCUUCUACUUGUAACAACAUAUAUAAAUGAGGGACAAUUCCUAAGUUCACCCCUUAGGUGAAUGAGCAUAUUCACCAUUUCUUGCGAUUAACGCAUAAUAUAUAAAUUUAUAACUUUCUAAUCCA